AUGCUUUGUGGAGCUAUUUAUUAUUUUUCAAGCAUUCCGAUGGACUAUGUUGAGUGUGUAAGCACAAUGGUUUUUAUUAUAGGCUUAAUAUUGCAAAUUUUUAUGUGUUGUAUGUCGGCGCACCAAUUGACUCUUCAGGUAAAAUCUAAAAUAAACGUUCAUAUAAAUGCAAGAAAAUCUAUGAUUAUUAUCGUGCUAAAAACAUUUCAGCCUGUAGUAUUCAUGUCUGGUUACUUUGUAACACUAUCUAUUGAAUCAUUCAAAAGUGUAAGUCAUGAAGUUAUCUUACUCUAUUUACAAU